AUGGGAGAGGACUUCACAUCGUAUGAGGCGACGUACCACACCUUGUUGGACCCCGCCGCCCCCCUCGACAGCCGCUUCCGCGAGUUGUACCGCGUCAAGUCGGAUCUCCUCCACACCCCCGCCGGUGCGCAUCUCAUCGCCGCCGCCGUCGACACCACCGACUCGGUGCUGCUGCAGCACGAGCUCGUCUACAAUCUCGGCCAGAGCGGAGUGCCCGCUGCUGUUCCUCCACUCGUGCGGAUCCUGCGGGAAAAAGAAAAGUACAAUCUCGUCACCCGACACGAGGCCGCGGAGGCCCUCGGCGCCCUCGGCGAAGUCCCCGCGGAGGCGCUGGAGGCCCUCGCCCAGCACGCCAGCCCCGAGACGGAGCCCUCCGCGGGGGUGCGGGAGUCCUGCGAGUUGGCCCUCCGCCGCCUGCAGCUGCCGAAGCACAGACGCGUCCCGCCGCCGGGGUGUCCGUUCGUCUCCCUCGACCCCGCCCCCGCCUUCGCCGCCGACGGGAAAGAGGAGGAGGAGGAAGAGGGAGAGGAAGGCGAGGUUCCACGCGAGGGGGAUGUCCCCGCACUGCAGCGGAUCCUCUGCGAUGACAGCGGGGCCACAUCCCUCUGGCGUCGCUACAAGGCCAUGUUCACUCUCCGCAAUAUCGGCACGAAGGAAGCCGUCGAGGCCCUUUCCGUCGCCCUCCGCAGUGACACCGCCAGUGCCCUCUUCCGACAUGAAGUGGCAUUCGUUCUCGGCCAAUUGGAGCACCGCGCCUCCAUAGAUGCCCUCUGCGCCGCUUUAAAGGACGAAGAAGAGGCACCAAUGGUCAGACAUGAGGCCGCAGAGGCGUUGGGCGCCAUGGCAGAUCCCGCACUGCUCCCAAUAUUGGAAUCGUACGCCAAACAUGAGGAACCACUCGUGCGGGAUAGUUGCGUGGUGGCAUUGGAGAUGCAUCGCUACUGGUCCAACUUUACAAAGAAACCACAACAGGAGGAAUCCAAUACUAAUACUACUACUACGAAUGCGGGUACAACGAUCACGGUCAGUCCUUAA